AUGGCCCCCCCAAGGAACGUGAAGGAAGUCCAGCGGCUCACGGGGAGAAUGGCAGCCCUGAGCAGGUUCCUCUCGCGUUCCGCGGUUCGGGGACUACCCUUCUUUCGAGUCUUAAAAGCGCCCAAGGAUUUUCGUUGGACCGAGGAGUGCCAGAAAGCGUUCGCCGACCUGAAAGCGUAUCUGGCCGAGCUGCCAACUCUGACCGCCCCAGAGCUAGGGGAGACCCUAUUCCUAUAUCUGUCCACCUGCAACGAGGCCGUUAGUGCGGUCUUGGUACGGGAGGACAGGGGGGCUCAGAGGCCGGUGUAUUACGUCAGCCGAGCUCUGCAGGGGCCAGAGACUCGAUACUCGCCCGCCGAGAAGCUGGUCCUUGCCUUGGUACAUGCUGCUCGCAAGCUCCGCCCUUACUUCCAGGCUCACAGCGUUGUAGUCCUGACCGACCGACCCCUACGGCAGAUACUCACCAAGCCCGAGGUCUCGGGCAGGAUGACCAAGUGGGCCGUCGAGCUGGCCGAGCACGACCUUAGCUAUCGGCCCCGCACCGCGAUCAAGGCCCAGGCCUUAGCAGACUUCCUUGCAGAGGGGGCUAAUUUAAACCAAACCGAGUUGGCCCCGACACCCACGGACACCCCGGCGGAGAAGCCUUGGGUGCUGUUCGUGGACGGCGCCUCGAGCAGGGAAGGGAGCGGAGCUGGCCUACUGCUCACCUCGCCAACCGGAGAAGAACUGACCUACGCGCUUAGGUUCGAUUUUCCGGCAUCCAACAACGAGGCAGAAUAUGAGGCCCUCCUGACGGGGCUGCGGAUAGCCCACCAGAUGGGCGUCACCGCAAUCAGAGUUCGGAGCGACUCUCAGCUCGUCGUCCUCCAGGUCCGCGGGGAGUACGAGGCCAAGGACGAGGUUAUGAAGAAAUACCUGGCUAAGGUACGGGAGGCGAUGGCCCUGUUCAGAACAUUUGAAAUAGAGCGGGUGCCGAGGUCCCAGAACAAGCGGGCAGACGCCCUCUCGAAGUUGGCGUCUUCCUCAUUUGCCCACCUGAGCAAGGAGGUCUUGGUAGAGGUGGUAAAACAAAAAAGUAUCGAUCGGGUCCAGGUCUUGGCUAUAGACAGCUCGGCCACCUGGAUGGCGCCCCUCAUAGACUUCCUCAGCUCGGGUGCCCUCCCCGAAAACAAAGCCGAGGCACGCCGAAUCCAGCUCCGGGCUGCCAAGUACGCCUACACCGGGGGUACCCUCUAUAGGAGGUCGUAUUUGUCCCCCUGGUUAAAGUGCGUGACUCCCGAAGAAGGUGAUUACGUCCUGCGCGAAAUCCAUGAAGGAAUAUGUGCGGCACACGUGGGAUCUCGGGUGUUGGCCAAAAAGUGUCUCCUUCUGGGCUACUACUGGCCCUCUGUCUUCCGAGACGCAGCAGAUCUGGUCCAGAAAUGCCGAGCUUGCCAAGUACACGCCUCGCUGCGUCAUCAGCCAACUCAGGAGAUGGUUCCCAUCCAUAGUCCUUGGCCCUUCGCUCAAUGGGGGAUAGACCUCCUGGGUCCCUUCCCCCGAGCCCCGGGGAGAUAUGAGCACCUCGUGGUGGCCAUUGACUACUUCACAAAGUGGGUGGAGGCGGAGCCCCUGGUCUCUAUUUCGGGGAAGGCAAUUCGGAAAUUCUUCUGGAAGAGCAUAGUUUGCCGGUUUGGGAUUCCGCAUGUCCUGGUAUCCGACAACGGCCGCCAGUUCGCCGAGAAACCUUUCCGGAGCUGGUGCGCUGAGCUCGGAAUCAACCAACACUUCACGUCGGUUGGUCAUCCCCAGGCCAAUGAGUUCCUGAGCCGCCUAUCUAUUACAAAGAGUCCUGCCUAUCUAUCGCAAAACUUCCGAGUUAGCGAUCCCCUUCGAUGCCUGCUCUACUUGCUGGUGUCUCGCCCGGAGCUGGAGCUGAAAGUACAUCUUAAGCAUGUUGAGCGGCGCAUGGUGAAGGCCAUUCAGGAGCCCGGGAGCAGGGGAGCCCUUCUGUCUUGGAUGGACCUCCAAGGGCAUUUUCAACUGGAGCAGGGUCAUAUCCUUAUAAGAAGACAGGAAGGGUCUCUGGAGUGGCCAUCGCCCUAG